CGUUCGCUUGUGUAAAAGCUGCCGGCUAACGUUAGCCAAGCUAGCUGGCUGUUAUUGUUUUUCAUGAGAACCAAAAUGGAGGAGCUGGCUGCUGCUGCCUGUGUCCUCCAGAGCCACUCCCGAGUCCUUGUUGGAAGCCCCCCCGCUGUAAAAUGUCUGCCCGGCUGCAGAAAUGAGAGCUUAUAUUCCGCCUGAAGGAAAUAGCUCGUUUCCGCCUUGGUUGUAUCGCUGUCCUAAUACAGCUAAGCGUGAAUUUCAAACCUGCGGCUGCGUCCACAUGGGGAGUCGGUGUGGCGCCGCAGGAUGAAGAAGUGGUCGUGUUGUUCGCCAUGACUCUGAGAUCCAAACAGUUUCCACAACCGGGAUUCAAACGUAAAGGUGACACGGAAGACUUCGGGGUCAACACGGUGAGCCCCGUGAGCGUCAAGAGCGAGCCCUGCGACUUGGCCGUGGACGCUCAGGACGCGCGCCGGGGCCAGAUCCCAAGCAGAUCCAAGGACUUAGACCGGACUUUCAUGACCAGCAAAGUUGCCCUCGCCGCCACAGCUCCAGAAACGCUUCGCGGGGACAAACCGGCGGGGAUAACGUCCCCUGUCAGACCAAUGGGGGGUGAGGGAACCCCGGUGAAAGGUAAACCCCUCUCCGUUGACAGCAUGGAUAACCCACAGAUGGCGGUGAACAAUAACCCCAAGGACGCCGGUGCCGACGACGGCGCAAAGGGGGUCGUCCCCGGGGUCCUGGGCACCGCUUCCAUCGAGCUCUCGUCUGAAGGGAAGUGGAGGAACAUCAGGAAGACCCCGGCGAGUCCUCACGCGCAGGCCAACUGCCUCCGACAGAUCCUCCUCCUGCAGCUGGACCUCAUAGAGCAGCAGCAGCAACAGCUGCAGACCAAGGACAAGGAGAUCGACGAGCUCAAGAACGACAAGGAGACGUUGCUCGCCCGCAUUGAGCGCAUGGAGCGUCGCCUCCAGCUCACACGGAAGGACACCCCCCGGGAUAAGCGCCUGUUUCAGCCCCUGGAGCCGUGGACUCCCGACAAAGAGGACAUGUGGGACCUGGACGUCGAGGAGAGUCCUCAGCCCAACGCCGCCACUCCUCUCCCGUUCAGCCGGGGUGGCAAAGGUCAAAAAAGGAAGUCUUGCUUCGGCGACGCAAAGGUUCAGAAGCCCCGGGGCAAAAGCGCAAAGCUCAGCCCCCAGAAGUGUGAGCCGGAGCCCGGCUCCCCCAGCCAAAGAGAGCUGCGCAGUAAGGAGACCCCAGAGAAGUCUGCGCCAGCCAGGUCUGGUGCAGAAAGGGACGCUUUGCUCCCCUGCAAAGAGGAGCCCGAGUUGAGCUGCCAGAUGGAGGAUCUGCCCUUCAUGUCAACCACAGAGAUGUAUCUGUGUUGCUGGAACCAGCCUCCUCUGUCCCCUCUCCGUGAGACUUCCCCUAAAAAGGAGGAAGAGGUGGCCAGUGAGUGGACUCCUCAUGUAGUACAUGAUAUGCUGAUUGUUUUUCCCUCUUGGAGGGAAAACCACAUUGAGCCUUUGGACGAGGACGGCUGUAAUCUCCCUGAGCCGCUGGAUGACGGCGCCUUUCAGAAACGCCACGCGAAGCUGGAGCUGGACGAGAAGAGGAGGAAAAGAUGGGAUAUCCAGCGAAUCAGAGAGCAGCGCAUGUUCCAGCGUCUGCAGCAGCGCAUGAACAGGAAGAAGAUCGUCCAGGAGACCGAGCCCGAGCUGUCGUCCUUCUACCCCGACACCGAAGACGUUGAGGCUAUAGUGAUCACUCCGUUCUUACCUGUGGUGGCGUUUGGUCGGCCGCUACCCAGACUCUCCCAGCAGAACUUCGAGCUGCCCUGGCUGGACGAACGAAGCCGAUGCCGCAUCGAGGUGCCCAAGAAACACACGCCUCACCGAACCUGUCGGAAGUGAACGCCAGACCGCGGUGACAGCAGGGCGCUGGUCCUCCACGCCUGAACUAAAAAAAAAAAAUAGAAAAACAGCUUACAGUUCAGGGUGGGGCAGCCAGUCGGUCGGGGUGUGAGCAACUGCUGUCGUUUUUCAGUCUGUGGGGGCAUGAAACCACAGAGCAGCUAAUGUCCUGCAGGAAACAGAGGAAAAAAAAACGAGGCAGGUAUAAAGUCAACAUCUUCGCAGUCGUCCAUCCAGGAGUUCAGAGCAUGUUUUUGUUCAAGCCGCAAGAAAUCUGUUCUUACCGCUCACGGUCGGCGUUUCAGUCCGUUUUAACGCGUAAUGUUCUGACGAGGCGGAAGCAUGUUGGGGCGAAAUAUUUGUCAUCCCUUUACGCCAAGAGGAGCUUAAAUUCUUCAUCACAAGCUAUACAGCCACGUUGUUCUUGCCGUGCGUAGCUUUCCUCCUCGCCUAAGCGUGGGAGGAGGAGGAGGAGGAGGGGGGAGGAAGAGUCGAAACUCGACUGUACCGUGCUGUGUGUUGCUCUUAUUGUUUGCACAGAACCUUAAUAAGAUUUUAUCAAUGUUAACUGUGAUACGAGAGUUUUGAACCAGCAUGACCGCAUAUAUUUAAAAAAAAAAAAAAAAAACAAUCUCAGUACUCUAGCCAGUUCAGCGCCCAGGAACGGGUUGUUUUGUUGGAGAGGUUUCGCUCAUUAGAAUAAAAGAUGUGGGAGACGACACGCUUGGCUUUAAACUCGGAAAUCUCUUCCCUGUUUUUUUUGUUUUUUUGUUGUUUUUUUUCAUGUGAGCUGCAUGGACUGUUUACCUGUUGCAAAAAGAAGACGGCAGCAUGGCUACAGCUCAAGAAGAUCAUUUUCUUCUCGCUCGGUUACUAAAACUACUAC